AGUUUUCUGUCCAAUCACCAUCAGCAAAGAGCUGGAGACUGGGGAACAUAAUAAAAACACAUGAACCACGGAUAGGAUGGAUUACAGAGCCCAAAAGUGACUGUGGUAUAAGAAUAGCAAGGCGGAAAGAAUGGACAAACAGAAAUAUUAAUAGGGAAGAAGAAGAAGAGUCAAGGCUGACAGGUAAUACACAUUAUAAGAGUGGUUACAUUUGUGCUAAGUAACAACAAAAUUGCCUGGUCAUCUUCAGGAGGACAGAAACUGUUCAUCUUGCUAAAAGGUCUGCCUGUUGAGAUUCAAAGAUGCCUUUAUCUCAAGACCAACUUGAGACUGGUUGGAAAACUAAGAUAUGAAUAAAGAAGAUCUGCAAAGAAGAAAGGGGCAGGAAUUAAUCAAGCCGACAGGAAAGAAGUGUUGCUAUUAAGUAGUACUGUUCAGCAUAGCCCCAGACCAUGUGUCUUUAGGAUUCAGUAAUCCCACAAGUGGUUGUUUGUAGGACAAUCAGGUUAAAGUUGGUUGAAUGCAUUGAAAAAGAGGUAUAGAGAUGGAGAGAAGGACAGGAAGGGAGUGAGUGAGUCAAGAAGAAAAGGAACUGGUGGGAUCAAGGUGACGUCAGCAGCUCACUGGAUUGAGGUAUUGAGUCCUGCUGAUUUUAAUCUGAGCUGAUUAGGAAACAGAAAAACAGAGCCUUGGUAAGCUCUCUUGGGAAGAGACACAACGGACUUUAUUAAAUCACCAAAAGAAAACUCAAAUGACCAACGAACAAAUUCGUAAGAAAAGGAGAUAUAUUUGAAUUAAGUAAGUUACAAAAAAAACAACAGAUUCUUUAGGAGGAUUUAGGAGACUUCAUGCUGGAGAAUUUGUUUUCUUAGUGACAAGCUAGUCAAGACAGGGAGGAGAGGUAAUUAGUUUGGUAAUUGGUUUCAUCUCUGAACUUUUAUUAUUCUGCUUCUUUCACCUGAGUUCUACGCCACAAUGCCUAUAAAUGGCAAUAAAGCCCUCAAGCUUCAGUUUGGGCUGAUUAAUUAUGAAAAUCGCUACCUGACAGCAGAGGCUUUUGGAUUCAAAGUGAAUGCUUCAGCUCCAAGUCUCAAGAAAAAGCAGAUCUGGACACUUGAGCAAGAUGAGACUGAUGGCCAAGUGGUGUACUUGCAGAGCCACCUGGGCCGCUACCUGGCCUCUGACAAAGAUGGCAAGGUGAGUUGUGAAGCUGAGACACAGGAAAAUGCAUGCAGGUUCAUAAUUGUGGCACAGUCAGAUGGCCGCUGGGCCUUGCAGUCUGAGCCACAUCUGCGCUUCUUUGGAGGAUCGAAAGACCACCUGUCCUGCUUUGCUCAAACCAUUGGUGAGCCAGAGCUCUGGACUAUGCACCUGGCCCUUCACCCACAAGCCAACUUGCUAAGCGUAGCCCGCAAACGUUACGCUCAUCUGUCUGCACCUGACAGUGAAAUAGCUGUGGACAGCAACAUUCCAUGGGGUGUUGAUGCUCUUCUAACUCUGGUUUAUGUGGAUGGCAAGUACUGCCUAAAGACUAGUGAUAGCCGCUUUUUGAGCAAUGAUGGGAAACUGUUAUUUGAAAAUGGCAGAGGAACGGUAUACACAUUGGAGCUGAAAUCUGGCAAAUUAGCUUUUAAGGACUGUGAAGGAAAGUACUUGAGCCCAAUGGGACCAACAGGUACCCUACGCUCAGGACGCUGCUCCAAACCAGGCAAGGAUGAGCUGUUUGACCUAGAGGAGAGUCAUCCACAGGUGGUGUUUCAAGCUGCCAAUAACAGAUUUGUCUCCAUUCGACAAGGGGUAAAUAUCUCCGCAAAUCAGGAUGAUGAAACAGACAUGGAGACUUUUCAAAUGGAGAUUGAUAAAGAAAGCAAAAAAUGCAAGUUCAGGACAAAUGAAGGGAACUAUUGGACGCUUGUAGCUCAUGGAGGAAUCCAGUCCACAGCCAAAGAAGUAAGUGCCAACACCAUGUUUGAUAUUGUGUGGCUUGGACGACGUGUGGCACUACAAGCUAGCAAUGGGAAAUAUGUGUGCACCAAGAAGAAUGGACAGCUUGCUGCAGUUAGCGACUCAAUAGGCGAGGAUGAACAGUUCAUUCUGAAGCUGAUAAAUAGGCCCAUCCUAAUUCUCCGGGGUGAGAAUGGAUAUGUGUGCCACCACAAAAACUCUAACACUCUAGAUGCAAACCGCUCAGUUUAUGACAUCUUCAUGUUACAAUUCAGUGAUGGGGCAUACCAUGUGAAAGGUGCAGGCGAGCGGUUCUGGUAUGUGUCCAGCACUGGCUUGGUGUGUUCAGAUGGAGACACACCUGAAGACUUCUACUUUGAGUUCUUAGAGCAUGGGCGCAUUGGAAUAAAGGGCAAAAAUUGCAAGUACCUGCGUGGAGACCAGGGCGGCACACUGAAAUGUGAUGGAGAAACUGCAGAUAGCUCAUCUCUCUGGGAAUAUUGACACCUAGUGGUCAUUUUAAGGACGUUCUGUCUCCUGACUCUCAAAAACCUUGUUAUUGGUUAUUAUGGGGCACAGGGGACAUGGUAUUUUUGAACAUGGAUUGCUGGAAUAUUACACCAGUGGGCUAAAACAGAUGUUUUCUUUGUAUAUUAGCAUAUGUCAAUACUUUCUCAAUAGCUAAACGCUAAUCUCCCAGAUUCUGAACAUGAUAGAUUGUAAACCAAAGACUCUUAAAUUGAAAUAUUAAGUUUUUCAUUUCUGCUUAAUAUUUCUAAAAUAUAAAGUAUUAAAUUAAGUUACUUAAUGUAGCUUUUAUCCUAAUUUUACACAUUACAUGUUGUUGAUUUUUAUCUCUAAUUACAUUUCCCAAAUGUUUAUACAGUCUUAAAAUCUUAAGUCCUGCCAAAAGGCCUUAACCAAUAUUGUUCUUUUUAAUCAUUUGCUCCACAGGCUUAGUUGCCUUUCUCAUUUGUUUUAUUCUUGCCAAUCCUUAAACAAGUGCUAGUUUAAGUAUUGUAGAUGCAGCAUGCUGUGUUUAAAAUAUUUGGCAUGUAGUGCUUACACAAAAAAAUGGUUUUAUUAAAGGGCUUGUCAUGUUUUUACUGAAAACACUGUGAUUAAAUUGCUACAGACAAAACUAGAUAAAAAAAAAAUUCCAUGAACCAUCUGGUGUUUCCCCCUAUAACUAUAUUUAUGAUUUCUGUUACUCUAUGCCGUCUCUGUUU